CACUGCGCAUGCGCAACGACUUGCGACCAGGGCGCAGACGUGAAUGGGAGGCCCGCGCACGCGCAAAGAUUCACGUCGGAGGCGCUGCCGGGGCCCCGCCCCCGCCUCGCUCCCACUGCGCCUGCGCAGCUCGGUCCUGCCGCGGCGGCCAGAGGGGACCGGGUCAGGCCCGGAGGAGCCGCCAGGCUGAUCGCCGAGGGAUGAUGUCUGAAACACACAAGCACACGGACGUGGGGGGGAGCGAGGACGUGAUCUUCGAGGAGGAGGAUGGGACCUCGACCGGCGUCUCCACGGUGCAGGAGGAAGAGGAUGAAUCAGAAGCAACCUCAGUGUCAUCUGGAGAGAGCCGGCCAUCCACGCCCUCUGCCAACGGGUACCCAGGUCCCAGGAGCAAGGAGCUGAGGUCGGCAGUAUCGGAGCCCCAGCAGGAGGUGGUGGCUGAGGAGGGGGAUGCCGGCCAGGGGCGCUUGGGCUCCCCGCAGGCCCCCAGCCCCGAGUGGCAUGAAUGCCCUGAGUGCGGGCGCGGCUUCGGCACCUCACGGGCCCUGAAGGUGCAUCGCAGCUACCACGUGGGCCGGAAGCGGCCGCACACCUCCUCCUCCAAGCCGCCGCCGCCACCCCGGCAGGCCCCACCCUCUGCCGGGGACCCAGAGGGCCGCGACGCCAGGCCUGUGCCCCCCUCGCCCCGAGCUGGAGCCUUCCACUACAUCUGCGCUGAAUGUGGCCUGGGCUUCGCCUCGCCUGCCUCCCUGGAGGCUCACCGCUGUGAACAUGGCUGGCGCCGCAGCCCCCCGGCCCCGCCCCGCAACAAGGGGCCCCCCGCCCCACCCCGCGAGGCCAAUGGCGCCCGGGAUGCUGAGGGAGCAGACGGACCUUACCACUGUACCGAGUGCCCGGGCGAGUUCGGCUUGGUAGCGGAUCUGCAUGAGCACUACAUGCUGCAUGCCCGAGGGGAGCUGUAGCCCCCUACCUUGCUGUGGGGCUGGGGGGUGGGGAAGGUGGGAGUGAGAUGGAUGGUGACAGUGGUGUGACGUGUGGGUUGGACGGCGGCGGUGGCAGUGGGUUCCACAGGCUGGGGGUUGGUGUGUGCGGUGGGAUUUGUGGGUUGGAUGGGGGCCGGAUGGGGAUCUGUGGGAGUAUAUGAGGGAGCCAGAAUGAUGGGUGAAGUGGGAUCCACAGGUGAGGAUUGGUGGCUGCAGUAGUGGGAGAGAGGACGGUGGAUGCAGUGGGAUCCGUGGGUUGGGUGAUGUUCGCAGUGGUUUCUGCAGGCUGGGGCUUGGUGGCAGUGAUGGGAUCUGGAGUCCUGAGCCCCUGAGGCAGAAAUGGGGGCCGGGGACCCCCCCUUUUAUUCUAGUUGAUUUGUAGAUUCAAGUGACUCAGAACAGGGCCCCAGCCAGCCUGGCCCUAUCUUUGCCUGCCCCCGAGCAGGGCCUGUUAUCAUCCCUCCCAACCUGCCCCCCAGACCUCAGAGAGGGGAGCCCCACUGGGGGCUCAGACCUGGCAAUCUCCACUCACCCUUGGGGCUGCAAGACUGUGGAGCUGGAGGGGCCCAGCCCCCCUUUCCCCACUGCUGCCCUUGAAGGGGAGAAGGCCCCAUCACUCAUUUCCUGCCCCUCUGCCCCACGCAGAUUAGGCCGGCAGCCACUAAGGUGCCCCUUCCACUAGGCCCGAGCGUGUUUGGAACCCAGCGCCCCCAGGGUUUCGAGUGGGGCAGAUCCUGCCCACGCAUCCUGUCUGCUUCGCCUUGGAGGGAGGGGGUUGUGGGCGGGCCAGCCAGCAGCAGAACCAUGAAUAUUAACGAGCUCAUUGAAAUAGGUGGGGGUGGGGACCUUGUUUAAUAAUAAA